CUGAAGGAAUUACAACACUUGACUCAUCUGUGUGUCACUGCUCACCUCUGCUAGACUCAUAGACUCACUGACACAGAUAGAGAAGCACAUACAAACAGCGAGGAGUUGAAAUUAAAGGAACCUAUUCCGGCUGACUUGGACUGGAGACAUGACCAAAGAGACUGAAACUCUGGGAUUGGUCUUUCAGAGCGAGAACUUCAACUAUAACCGUUACACUAGCCACAUCAUGGACUCCUGGUCCUACCUGGAGAGCCCUGUCCCCGAGCUGAACCACCCCAAACCCAGACUCCACCCAGGGGACGACCUGGCAGCCUUAACCAUGCUUUAUGAACAGUGCAAGAGCCAGAAAGAGCAAAAGAUUGCUACCUGCAACCGUGCUGGCAACAUCUCCAAAACAACCGAGAGGACUCUAACCAACACCAAUGAGUUUGUUUCAUUGGAGGCGUCCGCCAACGUCAUGAAGCUCCUCUCUGAGAGUAUUCCCUCAAGCCAUCCCCAAGAGGUUUUGGGAUCCAAGCAGAACACCUCCCUGCCAAUCUCUGCUCCCAACACCUCAGACACCUACGCCACCCUGACCAGCGUUGUAGCUGACACUUACGACAAGCAGGAGCUCAACAUCAUCUUUGACUCCCUGCUGCAGAAGUGGCCAGAGCCCGGUGCUUUCCCAGACCCCAGCACUGAGACUCUUCCCUACAGCGAUCCCUUCUCCGAGGACCAGUCCAGCCCGGUCUACUCAGGUUCCUACACCUGCUCCCCACCAGAGAGAUUCAGGAGUGAUUUCCAGUUUUCCCUUGGAGCUCCCCUGGCUUCUCCUUACAAGUCCAGUGAGCUGCCCAUGGUCUACCUGAACAAGGGCCAGUUCUACCCCAUCACUCUCCAGGGAGUGGACAGCAGUGCCUGCCUCACUGCCACCAAAGUCAAGACUGUAGUGAUGGCUGUGUUUGAGAAUGACAAGAGCCCAGAAAUGCAGCUCCGCUUUUGGAAUCACUGGCACGCACGCCAGCCAACUGCCAAGCAGAGGGUCAUUGACAUUGCAGACUACAAAGAAGUGUUCAGCGGCAUUAGCAACGUAGAGGAGGUGGCCUUCAAUGCUUUCUCCUUUGUCUGGAACCCAAGUGAAGAGGCCAAGGUGUACAUUGGCAUCAACUCCCUGAGCACAGACUUCUCCUCUCAGAAGGGAGUGAAAGGCCUGCCUCUAAACAUCCAGAUUGACACUUAUGACUUCAGCUCAGGAACCAACCAGCUCAUACACAGAGCUGCUUGCCAGGUCAAGAUUUUCUGUGAUAAGGGUGCAGAGAGGAAGAUGCGCGAUGAGGAGAGGAAGAGAAGCAAAAGGAGGGGAAAGAACGAUGCUAACACCAACAAGUCUCAAGUGACCAGCUCCAUGGCCAGUGACUCUACCUUCUUCCAAACCCUGGAUGACCACGUCACUCAGCCAGUUCUCUUCAUUCCAGAAACACACCUCUCCAGUUUACAGCGCAUAGCCACUCCCAUGGACGAGAUCGAAAGGAGUUCUAUGAAGAGAUUGUACCAAGACAGAGACAAGAACAGCUCUCCACCCAGCAAGCAAGCCCGCAGAGAAGACCCACAAAGAGUUCUGCUGUACGUGAGGACAGUCGCUGAAGAGGUGUUUGAUGCGCUCAUGCUCAGCACGCCAACAGUGUCAGGCCUGCGAGAAGCUGUUUCAGAAAAGUACGGUAUUCAAAAAGACACCAUUGGGAAAAUCUACAAAAAAUGCAAGAGAGGGAUUUUCGUGAACAUGGACGACAACAUCAUUGAACACUACACCAACCAGUCGGCCUUCCUCAUUGAGAUGUCCGAGGUCAUCGCCGGUCAGUUCCAGGUCACUCUCAUUGAAGUAUGAGAAUCCAAUCAGCCACCUGCUCCAUUGAAGGAUGUAACAAAUGACAGCUGCCAGUUAAAAAACAUCUCUAAAAGCACUGCCCAAUCAAAGACUAUGUAAGCUGUGGACUGCCACAACCAGUAAGAGGACUGGACUGAAGAGACCUCUCCAGUUCUUCCAGCCUCAGUUGAAAAUGUCAAAUUGUUUCUUGAUUUUGUAAAUACCACUCGCCCCAGUUCUUAUGAUUUUAUUAUUUGAAUUUAAUAUUGUAACGUAAGAGCAAUUAUGAUGAACAACCUGUAUAUAUAUAAUGUAAAUAGAUUUUAAUAUGACAGUGUUUUAUGAACUAGCCAUGUGCAUGUCGCAAUCCAUUUUCCACAAAUUGCUAUAUAUUUCUUUUUUUUUAUACAGAGCUUUGUACAUGAUUUGUGCAGAGUGUUUUUUCAGAGUUUUCAGAGGUUGCUAUUCUUGCUGCUUUCAAUGUACUCAUCAUUUCUUCUACAAGACCCAAAUGGUGCGUUUACUCACCCACAACCUACUAAUAAUGUUUUUCAUUGCCAUAAGUAUCUUUCUGUAGGUUCCUGUUAGUUUCACGACUAAAAUGGCCCAACACUGGGUUAAAUUGAGAACCUAGUCAGACAUUUCCGCCCAUUAAACCGUUAGUAAAAAGAGUUAGUAUUGGCCAUUGUUUAGCCCAUAGGUGUAGACAUUUUCUGACUGUAUGGUGUAACAGUUCAAACCCCCUAAACCCUGAGGCCUACCAGAGGACUUUCAUAGUAUGUGUGUGUACGUGUGUGUGUGUGUAAAACAUUUUUAGGAUUUUUUCCCCUUGUACUUUACACAUUUCAAUACUAACAUGUAUCCCUAUAAUAUUUCAUUAUUAUACCAUGGCAAUUCUGGUUGUAUCUUGCCUCUUUUGUAAGAAAAUAAAGAAAACGCAUAAUA